AUGAGUGGACAAAAAUUCAAAUCAACUGUUCCAAAAUCAACCGUUAGUGCUGCUUUAAACAGAGCAACACUAUCGGGUGCUAUACCACCAAGACGUCGUAUGACUCAAAAUUACUUGGUGAUUUGGGUCGAUGGCAGCAUCGACGAAAACAAUAGCGAUUGCCGAAACACACUGGCACAAUUACGCGCAGUGGUAAGUGAUGUGAAUGUGUGUACAACAUCAGAGCAGUGUGUCGAAUUUCUCAAUGAAAUUGAUGAUGGCAAAGCCUUCAUAAUUUCAUCGGGAGCGUUAGGGCAAAGCCUUACAUUUUUAAUGGGAUCUAACAAGUUGACAGCUAUUGAUGAAACUGAAUGUUCAUCGUCAUCUGAAUCGCCUGAAAAUUCAUUUUUACAACCAAGUCCAACUAAACCAACAAUUACCAAAACAUACUUGAAUAAAGGAAAAUUUAUGUUAAUUGUUAAUGGUUAUAAUUUCCAAUUUAAAAAUUUUAAUCGAAAGAAAACUAUUAAAUUUUGGUCAUGUACAAACCGAAGUUGUAAUGUAAUUUUGCAUACAAAUUUCGAUGAUACAUUUAUAAGAUUUUCUGGAACAGUUACUGAUCAUAAUCACUUACCAAACCCUGCUGAUUUGGAACUGCGAGACUUGAAAAGAUCAAUGAAAACAAGAGCUGCAACUGAAUUAGCACCAUUAAAAGAAAUUGUCGAACAAGAAAUGCGCAAAGCUCUGUUAACAGGUGAAGCUCUUGCUGUUUUGCCCAGUGCUAGUGAUAUUGGUCAUACAUUAAAACAUCAUCGAGGCAAACUGACUCCUGCUCUUCCAAACUCAUCUUCAUUUUUUAUUCCGGAUUUAUACAAACGAUAUUAUAACAAUAAGGAACGACUUUUGCUGCAUGACAUUCAUGAUUCGACACUGGAGAUCAAUGAGUUAGAAAAUGCACGACCAGCAGGAAGAGUUUUAGUUUGGGCAUCUGAUGUUCAAUUAAAAUUAUUAUUCUGUAGUGAACGAUUGUACAUGGAUGGGGCUUUUGGUACAUCACCGCCGG